AUGACGAUCACUAAUUGUUUCCAACAAAACUUGGAAGCAGAGCUCUUAACAGCAGACUUCCUUCAAUAUUAUUAUUAUUCCGAGUAUAAUAUUAAUUCCAACUUUUCCAACAGCUUUGUUGAUGAAUAUCAUUCAUGGUAUGACCCCUACGAUCUUCUAAACCUUGAAAAUCAUGAUCAUGAUACUACUACUGAUGAUCAUCUUCUUCUCCCACAUAAUAGUUUCUCUCUCACUGCCCCUGAUUUCAAUCCCUACCCCAACCCGAAACGCCAAAAAUUUUUUCCUACUCCACUUCCCAAAUUCGAUCAACUUCCGGAGGAUUUAACUAAUAGCGCAGGAGCAAACAUUAAUCAUGGACACGAGAGUAUAACUAAUGUUGCUAAUAAGAAAAAAGUGGGUGAAAAAUGUGUGUCAGCUCAGAGUAUAGCGGCUAGAGAAAGGAGGAGGAAGAUCACAGAGAAGACUCAAGCGCUAGGGAAGCUUGUUCCUGGAGGAAGUAAGAUGAACACAGCUGAGAUGCUCACUGCUGCUUACAACUAUGUCAAGUACUUGCAGGCCCAAGUUGGGAUUCUUCAACUCAUGGGGUCAUUCAAGGAAUUGAAAGAAGCUCCUCCCAUUGAAGAGCUGCAAGUAGUUGCAUCUCCUGUUCUUCAAGAGAAGCUAUAUUUGGAGAAUAACUGCCUGGUCCCAAAGAAGUUUGUGGCGAUACUAGCAGAACACUUUGAUGCUCAAUCAAAGCCUUCACUCUCCAACAAUCUCAACCUACUGCUCACAUCUACAACUUGA